GGUGCCCUCAACUGGCAAUCAGUUCCCCUUCCAGUGAUACAUUGGUUGUUGAUGGUGCCCUUCUGAGGACUGCAUCAUCUACCCUGAAGAAUCUUCUUCCUUCCUUCCUUCCUUCCUGUGGAUUCUCAGUCCCUCAGAGCCAGACUCAGCUGUCACAAUGGCAUCCAAUCCCCUGGAGUGCGACAUUUGCUGUAAUACGUACAAUGACGACCACUGCCCGAAGAUCCUCCCCUGCUCCCAUGAGUUUUGCUACCGUUGCAUUGAGGGGCUCAUCUUUACUCAAAAGAAAGAAUGCCCUCUAUGCAGAACGGAAUUCAGCAACAGCUCAGCUGAAGAACUCAUGAUUAACAGAGGCCUCCUUGAUGCUGCAAAGCAACUUUCAUCCAUGCUUGCAGUAUCGAAUACUAAAGAAACAAGGCCAAAGCAACCGUUUUUGAAAACUACUCAGGUUUUCAGAGAAAACUUCACCAAGAGAGGAAUUGCUGUUUGUCAGGGAGCAGAGGCUGAGGUUCAGGGACUCAUUGACAGCUACAGAGAUAUGAAAAAGGUCGUUCAAGAGGUGAAGCUUUCCAGUGAGAAGACUUUGACCAGCAUUGAUCGAAGUAUUAAACUGCUCCUGAACAGGCUGGAAAAAUUGCAGAAAAACAAAACAAAAUUGAACGAAAGUGAUGCUCAACUGGAAGCAGCAACAGACUUUAUUUCAGCAGCGCCUCUCAUGCAAGAGGCAGAGGAGCUUCUCCAGGCUAUGGAAGAAACUUUGGCAAAGUUUCAGGAGGACAAAAAGGAAGAAUGUUGUACAAAGAAGGAAAUUUUCAAGAUGAAAGAAAAUCUGGAGAGGUUCUUUAAGGACACAGAAAGGAUCACUGAAGAGAGAAAACAAGAAGAGGAGAGAGACUCUGUCGUGAAAAUUAUGGUGACUGACCCCCAAAUUCUUCAUGGCCGCUUGAGAGGUGAUACCCAGAGAGAGAUCUUUGCUGUGAUGACCCAUGAAGGGAAGCUCAGGCUGGCUCCAAUUAAGAUUGAGUAUUGUGUGAAUCAUCUUGAAGAUGGAGUUCUCCCACCAAGAUGCUUUGUCAUAGAGCUGGGGUCCUUGAUAUCAGGGGGAUCUCCUUCCCCUCCUCUUUCUUCUCCCCCUCCAAGGGGGUUCCUGGAUCUGGCAUAUAAAUCCACCCCCCUGGGGAGGGUCAUCAUCAGGAUAACUAUUAACGGCUUGAAGGGUCGCAACUUACUGUACAUGUGUGCAGGGGGUAUGGGGGGACCCUCUUAUGUCCACUCUCGGGGCUUGAAAGUGACUCAUUUUGGGUGGGGAGGUGAAGGUGUCUCCAUGGGUCACUAUGUGUCCCAUGGAAGAGGAGGAGAAAGAGGAGGAGUAGGCGCAUCAACUCGAGCAGUGUUGUCAUCGAGGGAGGAGGAUUGGGGGAGGGAGAGGGAGACCUAUGAACAGACACCAUAUAAGGCGGGAGAUGUCAGGGGAGACAUCUCAUCUGAAGGAGCUUCAAGGUUCUGGAUCGUCACCAGAGGUGAUCCCAAUUGGAGGAGAAGCAAUUGCUUCGGGAUGGUGGAGGAAGGACUCGAUGUGCUCAUAGAUGUCAUCUCGAAGUAUCCAGACAUUACACAGGUCAAAGUGGCCAACUGUGGCCUCAUUCUGUGAUGUCUUUCCCUCCAGAUGAAGGAACAAUUUUGAGUUUGAUUUGAACUCCCAUGAUAAUAGUAAGGAUCAUUCUCAAAUAAAAAUGUUCUUCUGAGUGCUAUUAGAAGUGUUUCAUUGAUUACAUUAUUAUUAUUAUUAUUAUUAUUAUUAUUAUUAUUAUUAUUAUUAUUAUUAUUAUUAUUAUUAUUAUUAUUAUUAUUAUUAGUUAUGUUGAGUAUCAUUCGUUUAUUUUGCUCAAGUGAUAUUUUUAUACCGCUUUAACACUGUAUAGAAAACGACUUUUCAUGUAAAGAGAGAGAGAGAAAGAGAGAGAGAGAGAGAGAGAGAAAGCAUUGGUUGAGUUCAGGAGGAGUCUGGUGAAGGCACCGCAAAACAGAUGCUGAAACUAACCUUCAAUUGUUUUUAUAAGUGAAGCAGAAUUAAAUUCUUAUUUACUCUCUUUAUCUGCUAGAGAUAAAGACAGUAAGUUCAGAGGUGACAGAAAGAGACACAGACUUUGACCAAAUCUGCGCUUUUGCUGAAAUGCUCAAGAAGAACAAUAGUAUGAGAGGAGUCUCCAUUGCCUCCUCCUCCUCCUCCUCCUUCCUCCUCCGCUGAGAGGAGGAGGUUUGAGGAGACCAUGAAAGCUCUCACAUAGCCCUGGAUUCUGUAUUCUUCAUUUUUUUGUUUUUUGUAAUAGAUCUUUUUUAUUUGUAUUCCUGUAAUCUUUGUAAUGUUAUAAGAUUUUGUAAGCAUGGAUUUCUGUAUUAUUAGCUUUUAAGAAAACGAUGACACAAGACUUGGAUCAGUUAAAGAAAACCAAAAAAAAAA